AUGACUCAAUUCGAAAAAAAUCCCUCCGCCUCAAAUACUGCCUACAAAGCAUGUGAUCCAAACUUAAACGUCCCAAUCUUCGCUGAUCAGGUCCACCACAACUCGGGGUUCUCUUUAGUUGAUGAUGAAAAUGCAACAAAUUUUAGUAUCAACUUGUCUGACGACAACGACGAAAACAGAAUUGUCCAGUCCACUCUCACCAUGGAGAUAGACCCAAUCGAGCAGUUACUCAUGUCAACCUCGGCUUCUUUCAAUGAAUUCGAAAAUGACUUCAAUAAUCCGUUUGGCCCUUCCACCUUCUCGGAUUCUAAUCAGCUUUACUAUCCACAAGCAGGCGUUGUGAACUCAUCCCCUACAUACAACCAUCCUAUUACGAUGGACAACUACUUCGUUGACAACGAAGCCAUCUAUCAGAUGUAUGGGGAUACAGACUGUAAUUCGUUGCACGACUACUCUAGCAUAUCGAACAUCAUUUAUACCAAAAAAAUCAAGGAGAAAUUGCGCAGAAAAAGACACGCAUCUUCUGCUGACUUGACUGUCACCACAACUUCUGACCCCGCAAAGCCACCAAAGGUCUUUAAGAGCCCUUCCACCUUGAGCUUGGCCAACUCAAGACGGGUGAACUUGAGGUCAAAGUCUCUCGGUGCUAUUAGCUCACAGAAGAACAUCAAUACCACUAGUGUUAAAGCUGGUUCCGCGGACCCAAUUGAAACUUUUCCCUUACCAACUGGUAAGAUCUCUGGAAACUCCAGUCCAACCAACAAAGCCACUAAUCCAUUUUAUCAUCCUCCAGAAAUCUUGAAACGUUUGGCCAACCCAUAA